AUGGCCUCAUUCUUGUCAUCCUUGACAAUGCAAAGCUGGGCCCUCGGCUGUGAUCUUGGCCCCUCGCCCGACUUCGCAGCCAUCGGCAAGGCGUAUGGUGGCAACGGCGUGAAGGCCAACACGGGAGGGAGACCAGUGGCUUCAGCUGCAGAUCUUACAGGUGCCAUGGAUGAGGCGUUCAAGUCCACGGGCAUCUUCAUCCUUCACGUCCUCAUAGAUCCGCUGCUGAAGGCUGACAUGGCGACGUUCCAGGACAAGUCGAUCACAAUGAUGGACAGAAUGGGUGCUGUGGCUUCGGGACAGACACAGCCGUUCGCUUCCACUCUUCGUGUCAAGAUAUCCAGGAGUCGGAAUAGAAGCAAUGAGCGCGCUGGCGUUUACAUAGCAAGAUCGCGAGAACUGAGCAUUCGACGUCAGCUCAACAACUUCCCACUUGCAGCAACAAUAGUGGCUAUCGUGCAAUUGCAAGAUACUGGUGGUUCUUCCUCACGACUUCAGCAUGCAUGUUCGUUUUCAACGCAGUGUGUGAUGGCCGAAGUCGUCUGCAGCAGCCAGCAGACGCAGCGUCCAUCUGCAGCGGACUUCAUCUUCGUGGGCGAACGCGGUCUCGAGCUUGUCCACCCUGGCGAUUACUCAGAUUACUCCGCCAGUCUGAACCAAGCUGAAGCAGACGCCUUGUGCGAAAUAAGCUUUGACGACGACGCGUUCAGUGCUCCCGUGGCCGAUUGCGUCCUGGGAGUCUGCACAUGCUCCGAAACAUGGAACCCACUGGCGGCCACUGAAUUCCAGAUUGUGCUUCAGAGUCCCCAAAGGGAUAAGGGUGUCGUGCUGAUGGCAGUAUGGCAUUCGGAAGAUGCAGAGGACGCUGUCCGAAACAUUUGGGAGAAGCUGGAAGUGAGUGAGCAGCUGGCCCUGAAGGGCUCUGAUGCCUACCGGUCCGUGCGCGCACGGGUGAGGGCUCUGGCAGAGGUGGAGAAGAGCCACUACCACGUCCUAGCUUUCUUGAAGCUUCUGGUAAGCAACGACUAUAUCCGUCGAGCACCGGCCGAUGAAGCUUUGGUGCAAGAAAUCGGCAAGCUGGCGCUGGAUCUGAGGGUGAAGGAGUGCGACAGUUGUCCCAUCUGCUUGGAAGCGAUUGCUGCAGAAGACGCAGUGAUGAGGUGCAGCGGCGCAGGGGGAGGCUUACAUCAGCUGCACCAUUAUUUUCAUGCAGAGUGCUUGCGUGAGUGGAUCCGGACGGCCUCCAACCCGAAGUGCCCCAUGUGUCGGAGCAAUCUGCAGUUGAACGGUGCCCGCUUGGAGUGCUUCCUCGAAGGCACGGCCACAUUAUCCGACGACGAACGAACAUAUCUCCAGGCAUUGCUAGAUGGUGCCAGUGCUCGACAAGACUGGAGCGACAUGAACUUCAUCGAGCGCACGGGAUAUGCUGGAAGCCUUGCCGCAUCCGCAGCUGCAGGAUUCGCGCAGGUUUUUUUCGUGCGAAGCGGUUAUUGGGCAAGCGGUGGCUUGGCCCCGCGCACAGACCUGCGUCUGGCCCAGCUAGCCGGAGCAGGUGCAGAAGGAGGCUCGGACAACGAGUUCGUUCUGGCGCCGCCCUCGCAUGCUGACCUGGCCAAGGGAAAUGCCUGCGAUCUUACCACCACUGUCUCCAAGUGGUCCCUUGCUCAGAUCUCUGGCGUUACCCGCAAGGGUCCUGGCUUUUGCCUGCUGCUUGCUACACGAGCACUGGCCGAUGCCAGUGAUCUAGAGGCGCCCGAUCCACAGCCGUUCUCGGUGGAGUAUGGUGGAGUCCUCUUGGACUCCAGGAAGAAGUUCUCGCGACGUUUCCGCUUGCAGGAUGGUGCUUUGGGUGCUGACUUUUGCCAGAUCGCAGUUCCAGUGGGAAGAGAGUUGUCGCGGCGAGCCAUGUUUGCUUGCACAUCUCAGGGCACUGCGGCCGCAGCACCCGGCAGAGUGUGGGCCCGCACUGGCAGCAGCAAGAUUCCGGCCUCCGGCAUCUACGUGUUUUGA